UUAGUGCAAAAAAUUGAAAAUGCACAGGCUAUCAAAUACCACCGAAAGAAAGCUAAAUUUGUGGGAAAAAAGCAACGUAAAUUUUAUUUGGGUGCAGCAUUGCAUGACCACACAAUUGUCAUGCAGCGCCGUAACACAAAAAAUGGCCUAGUCAGGAAGGGGGGUAAAUCCUCAGGAUGGCAAGUGGUUAAAGCAUUUUGUUGGAGCCACUCCUUGGUUAUCCUGGCUGUGUGCUUCGGGUCGUUGUCAUGUUGGAAGACCCAGCCAUGACCCAUCUUCAAUGCUCUGACUGAGGGAAGGAGGUUGUUGCUCAAAAUCUCAGAAUAAAUGGCCCCAUUCAUCCUCUCCUUAAUACAGUGCAGUCAUCCUGUCCCCUUCG